GUGUGACUUAGUUGAGGCCGUGCCACAGGCAGUGGGUACUGUUAACUGCGAAUGGACAACAUGGAAUCGAAGAGCUUUAGCGGCGGUCAGAAUAAGGAAGAUAUCGGAGAUGGAGCUGACAUAGGAGAAGAUCCAGAAAAUGGAUUUACUCUGGAUGAGGUUUUGCGUUUAGGGGGAACUAAGCAAGAUUUUAUCAUGCUAGCUGGAGUGAAUGAAGAAGAAGAAAUUAUAGGUGGCGAUAAGAAAGGAGAAAUUGAUGAUCUCGAAGAGGGAGAAUUGCAAGCAUUCAUAGAAAAGCUGGGUAUAAAGAAAUUGUCCACUGAUAGCAUUGACCAAGAAAGUAGUGCAAAGCAGAAGAAGGAGAAAACAGAGCCUAAAGACAGUACCGUAAAUAAAAGUACUCAAAUAACAGUUGCUACAAAUAGUAAUAAAGAAUUAAAGAAAAAGAAAUCAAACGUGGUGCAGCAAAAUGAUGCAAAUAGGGCAACAUCAAAAAUAAAAGGGAAAGCAGUGUUUGAAUUUUGCGAACGAACAAUAUUAUUAAUCAAACCUGGUGGAAAAUGGUUUGAUCACGAAUAUACACAUGACUUCACAUUGCAUCCUCAAAAUGAGGAUGAAGUUAACAAAUAUAAAAGCUUAGCAGAAAAACUGUAUGAACAUGAUAGAAAUUUGUAUAAAAACCGAAAGGAAUUGCAAAAAGGAGCCAAUUCUGCAUGGAUGAAGACUGUUGUUUCAACAGGGACAUUAGGAGAUAGGAUGGCUGCCAUGACAGUCCUUAUCCAGGAUGCACCUGUUCAUACAUUGCAAUUUGUUGAGAACUUAGUAAACUUGGUUAGGAAAAAAGGUAGCAAACAGCAGAACCUGAUGGCCCUUGAUACAAUUAAGGAUUUACUACUAUCUGAUCUAUUACCAGAUAAUCGCAAACUUCACACAUUUCUACAGCACCCAUUUGACAAACUUGAGGAAGCCUCCAGUGGCAACAGGGAUGCAAGAGAUCGGCGCCUCAUAUUAUGGUUUUUUGAGGACCAGCUAAAAAAGCAAGUUGCAGAAUUUGUCAAAGUGCUGGAAACCUUGUCUCAUGAUAACUUGGUUGCCACCAAGGCCAAAUCUUUAAAUGUAGCCCAUGAACUUCUAUGUAAUAAACCUGAAGAAGAAAAAUCACUCUUAGUGCUGAUAGUCAACAAACUGGGUGACCCUCAGUACAAGAUUGCUACUAAGGCAUCAUACCUACUUGAAACAUUGCUGAGUAAGCAUCCUAAUAUGAAAACAGUGGUAUGUCUGGAAAUUGAGAGGUUGUUGUAUCGCCCAAAUAUCAGUGAAAAAGCACAGUACUAUGGAAUUUGUUUCUUAAAUCAGAUUAUCUUCUCUCAUGAGGAAUCAGACCUCGCCAAUCAACUCAUUACUGUAUAUUUUUGCUUUUUCCGUGCAUGUGUAAAAAAAAAGGACAUAGAUUCUAAAAUCCUGCGAGCUUUGUUGACAGGAGUCAAUAGAGCUUAUCCAUAUGCACAGACAGGAAAUGAAAAAGUCAAAGAGCAGCUUGAUACCCUUUUUAAAAUUUUGCACGUUGUUAAUUUUAACACAGCAGUACAGAUCCUGAUGCUGCUUUUUCAAGUAAUGGACUCUCAACAGACUGUGUCAAACAGAUACUACGGAGCUUUAUAUAGAAAACUACUGGAUCCUGGUCUCUCACAGGCUUCCAAGCAAGCAAUGUUUCUUAACCUUAUUUACAAGUCUAUGAAAGCUGAUGUAGUAUUAAGACGUGUAAAGGCAUUCCUGAAAAGGUUAUUGCAGAUUGCAUGUUGUCAAAAGCCCUCAUUUAUAUGUGGAACCUUGUAUCUCAUGUCGGAAAUUAUAAGAAUAAAGCCAGGUCUGAAAAUUCUGCUACAGGAAAAUGGGGAAAAUGAUGAGGAAGAGUAUUUUCAUGACCUUUCUGAUGAUGAUGAUGAUGAGGAUGAUGCUUGCAUUGAUGGACAGAAAAAUAUUAAGAGUGGCCCUGAUGGAAAAACAUUGGCAUCAGAAAAUAAACCUACUUCAGCUUCUUGGGUGCAUCAGGAAACACUACAGGGUAUAAAGAAUUCAAGUAAUUAUGAUCCCUUUAACAGAAACCCUUUAUUUUGUGGAGCUGAUAACACAAGUCUUUGGGAGCUAAAAAAGCUCUCAGAACACUUUCAUCCAUCUGUUGCACUUUUUGCAAAAAACAUUUUAGAGGGUAAUCCCAUCCAAUAUACAGGGGACCCACUGCAAGAUUUCACUUUGAUGAGAUUCCUUGAUCGCUUUGUGUAUCGGAAUCCAAAAGCACCAAAAGUUACAGAAAACAACAGAGGUUAUUUAUUGCACCGAAGGAAGAAGCAUUAUAUGAACGAGGAGAAGCUUCCAGUUAACAGCCCUGCAUUCCUGGAAAAAGAAGAAACUGAAAUUCCUGUAGAUGAAGUAUUCUUUCACAGAUACUUCACAAAGUUGUCAAAAGAAAGAAAGAAGAUUAAACGAAAUGAAGAUGAAGAGAGUGUAGAAGAUGUCGAUGAUGAUGAGUUUGAAAAAAUCAUAGACUCAUUUGAAGGCGACAGUUUUUAUAGUGGAACCACUGAUGUUAUUGAUUUUGCUAGUAAUUUGAAAGCAGAUGGUAAAACAGAGAAGAAAAAGUCAGAGGCCGAUGACUCCGAUUCAGAUUGGGAUAUCGAUGGAGAAGAUGAUGAUGAAGAAAUAUCCUUGGAUAGCAUGUGUGAAGAAGACUUUGAAGACAUAAAUGAUGAUGGCAAUGAAAAUGGAGGCAUUUUUAUGGAUACCGAAAAUGAUGACUGUCCAGGAAAAAAGAAAGCAAAGAAGAAAUCUUUAAAACAAGAGGACAUGUUUGCUUCUGCAGAAGAGUUUGGGGAUAUUCUUGAUGAAAACACAGGAUCCAAAUUUGACAAUGUUGGAUUGAAUGCUAUGGCAAAUAGAGAUAAUGCAAGUACCAAGCAGCUCAAGUGGGAAACAGAACGUGACAACUGGGUACACAAUAAGGAUCUUAAAAAUAUUCUCAAGAGAAAAAGGACAUUCAGUAAACAAAAGCUGCACAAAAAAGUUAAAAAAUAAACAUCAGCUUAUUUUUUGCAUCAGAUUGUAUCUUUCCAUGUACAUUGUUAUAAGUAUUGACUGGUUUCUGGUUUUAUUUACAAAACACUGCCAAUGAACUAAUAAAACGGCUCAAAAUAUUUGUAUAAAUUGUCAGCAAUGAGCUCAAUAACAUUUUUUUCAAUACCAUUUUUCAUAAACACUAUAAAGAACUAGAAAAUGUGUAAAAACAUGUAGGAGGCAGCUGCACCAAUCUGACUAGCAAGACAAUAAAAACAAAAAGCAA